AUUUCAAUAGGCAACCGAUUUGUAGGUAGAGUUGGCUGCUGUUCAGACCAAAUGUGGGCUUGAACGCUGUGAAACACUGUCAGGACUAAAAUAACUCGUGUCGAGAUGCCCUCUGCCGGUUAGAAUGUAAUGUUGGAUUUACACGUUCGCAGAAAAGUCAACUUCAGUAGCCAAGCGUGGAGCUGUCAUAGCCCACCAUUUGAACACAACACGCCAUUCCUAUUAGCUCACCGUAAUACAGGGACUAUACGACUCCGUGGGCUAAAGGUAACUAAUAUUAACUAUAUAACACAAUAACAAAGUCCACGCAAUUAGCCGCCUUGCUGGCUAACCACUCACAGCAUUGUCCUCGAAAAAGGCAAGACCGUCGGCCAAGUUUUAAUUUAAAGCCAAAGUUUACCACGAAAAAAAACUAGACCUACGAUGACAACACUGCAAGAAGGGUCGGACCAUCUUCAAGAUUUGAAAAGACAAGUUGGUAACAAGAUCGAAGAAGCCAAGGAGAAAUUUUGGCACCUAAGCCAAGACAUAUGGAGUUGUCCAGAGCUCGCUUAUGAGGAGAAAAAAGCGCAUGCCAGAUUGAUCAGGUUUUUCAGUGAGGACAAGGGGUGGAUCGUAGAGGGUCACUAUAAGCUUGACACUGCAUUCCGCGCAACAUGGGGACCCUUCGGAGGAAAGAGCGGUGAUACAGAAGUUCACAUUGGUUUCUUGUGUGAAUACGAUGCUUUGCCUGGAAUUGGGCACGCUUGCGGCCACAAUUUAAUAGCAGAAGUCGGGGUAGCGGCAGCAGCAGGCUUAAAGGUUUUGUUGGAAACUCUGUCAGACUGCCCAAGUGUUAAGAUAACUGUGAUUGGAACUCCUGCAGAGGAAGCUGGCGGGGGAAAGAUUGACCUGCUUGACAUGGGGGCCUUUGAGGGGCUAGAUGUGGUGUUCAUGGCACAUCCCUCCCAAGAGGACGCCACCUAUUUGCCCCUUCUGGCAGAGAAUGAUGUUGUUGUGAGGUACCAUGGUAAAGCCGCCCAUGCUGCAGCCUAUCCUUGGGAAGGGAUCAAUGCUCUGGAUGCAGCUGUCCUUGCCUAUAACAACAUCUCUGUUCUCAGACAGCAGUUGAGGCCAGAAUGGAGAAUACAAGGUAUUAUUCGUCAAGGUGGGGCUAAACCCAACAUCAUCCCAGACUUUACUGAACUUGAAUAUUACCUGCGUACACCGUCAUGCAAAGACCUGCCAGCCAUCCGAGCCAAGGCUGAAAUGUGCUUCAAAGCAGCAGCCAUGGCAACAGGUUGUGAGGUUGAGGUUAUAUUUGCCAAAAAUGAAUUUCACGACUUACUGCGUGUUCCUACCCUGGAAAGGCUGUUUGAACAAAAUGGAAAAGAUCUAGGCAUGGAGUUCAUUACAGACAUCAAAGACGCUGAAGGUUCAACAGAUUUUGGGAAUGUAUCAUUUGUUGUGCCUGGUAUUCACCCCUACUUCUACAUUGGCUCAGAUGCUUUAAACCAUACGAAAGAAUACACCGUGGCUGCCGGCUCAGAGACAGCCCAGUUCUACACCUUGCGGACAGCCAAAGCGUUGGCGAUGACAGCCCUUGAUGUCCUUUUCUGCCCAGAGAUGAUGCAGAGGGCGAAAACAGAGUUUAAUGAGGUUAAGAUGAAAAAAGAUAAGUAGCUGAAAAGAAGGUUUCCCAGGGCCCAAAGACAUAGAGCCUCUCAACUCUGGGUAAUGCAAAUCAUUAACAAUAGGAAAGGAAGUUAGCCAAGCUUUGAAAGGUUGUUCUGAUCUUAAAUGGGACACAACGAAAAUAAAAUACUUUAGUUGUCAAUAUUAGUAAGAAUUUAGAAUCAAAUUUUAAAACAUCACUUCAACAGAAAGAAGCAGAAGUAGGUGUCCCAAAUGAACAUAAUUAUUUUCAUGCAACACUAAUUCACAAUAAUGAAGUUGGUGAAUGGGACACAGAGGCUAAAUGAACUAAUAAACUAUAUGAAUUGGGCCAUUUAUAGGAAGAGCAGCAUGGAAAAAUAUACAGGGCAGAGCCAAUGCAUUUAAUAAACUGUAGUGAAUUGGAAACAUACUGUACGUAUGCAAAACCCUAAACAUGAAUAGUGAAUGUGUAUACCGCAUGACCCUAACUUUAUUCCAAACAGAUUUGAUCAAAAUCAUUUUAGAGCUGUGAUAACAAGGGGUUAAUAACAUACUCUCAUUUAUUUACACACACAAUACAUUCAUUUGAGAUGAUAGCCUCCAAAUAUGUAUUUACAGGUGAGAAAUUAUCUCAUGAAACAUUUAGAAGAGGACAAAUCAACAAAAUAUUUAAUAUAGUAGCUGAUUCAAAAUAGAAACCAAGCUAAACAAAUCUUUCAAAUAACUAUAAAAUAUUGCAAAAGCUCACCAUUGUAGAUAAUAAGGUUUAAGAGAAAUGGGAAAAAUAAUUAGAAAUGAACAUAUCAGCAGAAGUUUAGAAAGUCUCCCAAAGUGGAAACUUUAAAACAUGACAAUCAAAAUACUGGAGGGAAUUGGCUUAGAAAGUGAGCAUGGGAUAUUAAAGUAUGCCUUAUAAGUAAGGGACAUGUUACCCCUUAGCAGGGAUUCGUUUCUGGAGAGGAUGUGGGGAAGCAAGCAGCAGAUUAGACACACACCUUCUCUUUGAGUCCAAUAUUAAUACCCUUUUGGGAAGAGGUUGAGAAAACCUUAAAGUAUUAAGAAUAAAAAUGAAGUUAGCAAAUAUUGCAAUGAUAUAUGUGAAGUGCAAACAUGACAUGAAUUUUGAUUGACCAGUCUCUAAACCUUUCUAAAAUGUCUCCUUCACUGGAGGCUUCAAGUCUACCAGUUCCUUUAGGUUAUAUACUAAACCAUAUGAGUUGAAUUACUUUCAUCAACAAUACGUUUCUUCAACAGUUUGGAAGUUUAACUGAGUAAUCAGAAAAUGAACUAAAAUCAAAAAUGUGAGCAAUUAGGCAGUUUACAGUGUAGAAUAAAGAAUCAGUGUAGGGGUCA